GCUAUGACUAUCUAACUGACUGUUCUCAGGUUCUUCAAGAAUAUGGCUCCUUUAUCUCCCAUUCUUUCCCAUUUCUACUCCCAUCAUAGAAAUCACUACUGGCUCAUCUCCCAGGAGCCUGUUCUAUGUUGCACUAUUCUCAUGAUUUCAUCCCGAUACCAUACCCUACCCGGCGUGGGCGGAGCGUCCCGAGGCUUCUUCAUCCACCAAAGGCUCUGGCAGCACUGUCAACAUCUAAUUAUGCGCGUGAUGCUCGGGCAGGAGAAAGGCUCCAAGGCCAAGACUCGCACUGUUGGGACAAUCGAGGCCCUAUUAGUAAUGUCAGAAUGGCAUCCCCGGUCUCUACAUUUCCCACCCGAGAGUGAUGGAUGGGACUCAGAUUUGAUGAUGGACAAUACUCCAGAACACCAUGACUCGACAAGUCCGGACUCCUCUGUGUCCGCAUCAAGCAGAUGGCUGGAGGAUGUCAUUGAGCCUGCACGCCGUUCGGAUCGAAUGUCAUGGAUGUUGCUUGGUUCUGGCUUAACUCUAGCACAUGAACUUGGAAUCUUCGAUACGGACGAUUCAAGGGCUAAAAGCCUUAUAUCGAGCCCGGAAGGAGAACACCACGGUUUCCCAGUUGAAGAAACCAUGAAUUUCCCUCGCCAUCGUAUACGCCAGCUGCUUUACGUGUUUAUCAAUCAGCUAGCAUCCAGGCUGGGGUGCAUGUCCCUAAUGCCGCAAAGCCUGAACCAUUCCAUAGUUGCCCCAUCGUCGCUCAAUACUGGUAUUGACGAGUGGCAGACUUUUAUGAACUCGUGGAUCGAGUUGACGAAGUUGGCAAAAUCCGUUACGGACAUGUUCUUCCCCUCUGCAACAUUUACACGACAACAGUUGCAUAGUGGCCGGUAUAUUGGGCUUCUAGAUCACUUCCGCCCAUUACUAUCUCAAUGGCGGCAGAAGCAUCUGGACUCUAAACGUAAGUGUGGCGCACUUCAUAUCUUCCCUGCCCCGCUAACAGUAUAUAUACAUAGACCUCUCACGGCCUUUCGUUGAUAUGAUAUUCAUUGAGUAUCAGUUUGUUAGAGUCUACACCAAUUCCAUCGGAAUGCAAGCGGUCGUGGAGCGUGUUCUCAAUGAAUCAGACCCCGACGUUGUUAUGGAUGACGUUCGCCAGGCAAACAUGGACGAAAUUGACUAUGAAUUCAUACAAGAAGUGAUUGACGGCUCAUGCAACUUAUUACAAAAAGUCACCACGCUCGCCGAAAACGGUGCUCUUCGAUUCUCGCCAGUCAGAAUAUUCCUACGCAUCACAAGCUCGUCAAUAUUCCUUCUCAAAGCCCUAAGUUUAGGUGUGCGUAAUGCCAAACUUCAAGAGUCUCUUGAUAUCUUGACAAAGAGUAUCCAGGCUCUGCGAUCGAGUUCACUAGAUGACAUUCAUUUAGCCUCCCGAUAUGCAACACUGCUAGACUCUCUGCUCUCACGACUACGAAGAAGCUUUGUGCUAUCAAAUAAGAAUCCAAAAGUCAGCCGGUCGACAACUCGCCCUUCUUCUGUUACUCCCUUGCCAAAGAACCAGAAUGCUUCGCCUGCAACCCAGGGUUUGCAAGCAUCACCACAACAACCACAGCAGCAGCAGCAGCAGCAGCAGCAAUUACCCCAUCCUCUACAGCAAACUCAAGUACAGUAUUCUCCCGAAGGAGUUGGCUCUGCCCCUAUGAAUUCCUCCAUGGAUGUUUCUAAUAAUCCUGUCUUUGAGGAUCCGAUCUCUUCAUUAAAUGACAUCAGUGCCGAUGACUGGUUAUCAUUGCCCUUUGAUCCUUCAAUGGCACCCUUUGGAGACGGUAACAACCAGGCUUGGUCCGGUUUCGAAGGAGCUAAUUUGAACUUCAUAUGGAACCUACCUUCAUAAGGACAUACGUUUCAAGUGGUGUCCUCGCUACUUUGAUGUCCAUAUAAGGAUACGACCUGCAAUUUUUUCAGCAAGUCACGAGCCUCUGAAUUAUAAUUUCGUGGAAUGUAAGCUUUCUCUCAACGACUUGCUUCGGGAGACUGCCUAUCGUGACCCGGAGCCUUGUAUCGUCUCUCACUUUGACGGCCAUAUAUACAUGCACAUACAUCCAGCAAGCGUAUGCGCAUUCACAGUUUUUCAGGAAUCUAAUACCCGAGUGUAUUUAGCCAGCUACUAAGCCAGUUCAAGUACAGAUGCUUAAUUCCAGAUUAUUUCAAGGUCAGAAUCCCCGAAUAUGAACACAACUAGCAACCCCGUUACUAAUAUGUAUCUUUCACAGA